UUCGUUGGUUGAGCCAUGAUACUGAUAAACGAUAUGAUGCCGAUAUGGAGUGAAUUUAAAAUUUGAAAAAAACGUGAAAACCGUAUUUCAAUACGUAACGAUAAGCCUGCACGGUAGAAGUAGAAAUAAUCUGAUAAGAAACAGUUUAACAACAGAAUUACAUGAUUUCUCAGUUGUCAACAUGAAGAAGAAACGCUCGGCUCCACGUCCGGCAAAGCCAGGAAUCAAGUACCAGCUUCUCACUGAAUCUUAUGGUUCCAUUCCAGAGGAUCAAAACCUUAAGAUUGGCCAUGUUCUACACCUUCACAUGGACAGUAGUAGAUCAGUUACAGCCACAAUUCGUUCUCUUCGUGAAAUUCUUCCUGCUACGGCUGUUAUUACACCUUCUAUUUUGAAUCAUAUCAUUAACAAAAGUGACCGACUCAGGAACUUGACGAGAGAAAAUGAUAGGAAGAAUUUUCUGGAUAUGUGUGCAGAGCCAUUUUCAUUCAAGUUUAUCCAUGAAGAGAUUGCAGUUCUGGGGAGUUCCAACAUGGAAGUCAAUCCUGCACAAGAUGUUGUGGGAACAAAGCGAGAUUUUGGAUCUUUCCAUUCUUCCAACGUGCAAGAACUUGUUGAAGCGCCAGAGGAGUCUUACGUACCACCCAGUUUCCCGUUUAGUGUCCCAGAUUUUGCCAACUGCAAAGGCUUGAAGUUCGGAGAAGAGACAAGGAGAAAGCACUUUCUGCUUAAGGAUUGUACAUUCUUGAAUCAUGGGGCUUUCGGAGCAGUCCUCAAGGAUGCCUUAGAGGUUGCCCAGCAGUGGCAGCGCUACAUAGAAAGACAACCACUGAGAUUCUUUGAUAGAGAGGUCCUUCCACAUAUGGCUUAUGUGACUAGGAGACUGGCUGAAUUUGUAGGCAGUGAAGCAAGUGGAAUAGUCCUUGUGCCCAAUGUCACCACAGCCAUCAAUGCAGUUGUCAGGAGCAUUCCAUUCAAGAAGGGGGAGACGAUAUUCUGCCUCAACAUCACGUAUGGUGCAGUGAAGAAGCUACUGAAGCACACAGCUGAAUCGCUGGAUCUUGAAUACCAAGAAGAGAAUCUCAGUUUACCCCUCACAUCAAAUCAAGAGAUUCUGGACUUGGUUUCUUCAAAAUUAAGUUCAAACACCCGGCUAGCGGUAUUCGAUCACAUUCCAAGCAAUGCAGCUUUUAUCAUGCCAGUCAAGGAGCUCAUUAGCAUCUGCCGUGAAAGGGGUGUUCCUGUACUGAUAGAUGGGGCCCAUGCUCUUGGUGCCUUGCCACUUGAUAUGAAAGACUUGAGCCCAGACUACUACACAGCCAACGCCCACAAAUGGUUGUGUAACCCCAAGGGAUGUGCCUUUCUCUAUGUGCGAGAGGAGCUUCGCAGCCAAACAAGACCUCUGGUUGUAUCACAUGGAUUCGGUAGUGGGUUUAACUCAGAGUUUAUCUGGUCAGGUUUAAGAGAUUACAGUCCCUUCCUGGCCUUACACACAGUGCUAGAUUUUUGGAGUGCCGUGGGUGUGAAGACAAUACGACAAGGCAUGCAUGGAUUACUCUCACAAGCCGUUGAUUUACUUACCAAAUCAUGGAAUACUGGAUUACUAGCCCCCAUUGAAAUGUGUGGUUCGAUGGCUCUUGUAGAGUUACCCCAUGAAAUUAGUGACAAUCAGACAGUAGAGUACUCCGUAGCUGAAGGCAUUCAGAAUGAAUUGUAUCACCAGUAUAACAUUGAGGUUCCAAUCAAAGCCCUCCAGGGUCGGCUAUACGUCAGGAUCUCCGCCCACAUCUACAACAAGCUUUCAGAGUACCAAAGACUCGCUUCAGUGGUCCUAUACAUUGCCAAGUCCAGCAGGGGAGGUGAUCAAGCAAGAGAUGCGAAAGUAAGAAAACUAGAUGAUCCUAGGUGAUGUAGUCUUUGAGGUUUCCUUGAAGUCUAGCAUGUGCCUUUCUGAUUAAUGCUCUUUGUGUGAUCUAUUGAAAUUUAAUCAAGAUACAAACAACAAAAAUUGUUGCAGCUCCACAACCGAAUCAGGGAAUGCUAUUCGUGGUGAAACAUCACUAUUUGCUGCAUUUUUGUAAAUGCAGCAAAUUUUCUUGGUUCCAAUCAAAGCCCGCCAGGGACAGCUAUACCUCAGGAUCUCCGCCCACAUCUACAACAAGCUUUCAGAGUACCAAAGACUCGCUUCAGCGGUCCUAUACAUAGCCAAGUCCAGCAGGGGAGGUGAUCAAGGAAAAGACGCGAAAGUAAGAAAAUUGGAUGAUCCUAGGUGAUGUAGUCUUUGAGGUUUGCUGAAGUCUUUGUUUCCUUGAAGCCUAUGUGCCUUUCUGAUUAGGCCUUUUGUGUGAUCUAUUGAAAUUUAAUCAAGAUACAAACAGCAAAAUUUGUUGCAGCUCCACAACCAAAUCAGGGAAUAAUAUUCCUGGUAUUACAUCACAAUUUGCUGCAUUUUUGUAAAGCAGGUUCUUACAUAGGAUUGUAUACAACUUUCUUCUUUAACAACCAAAACUACAAAUCAAAUGCGAGAAGUGGGAUGACUCCCUGCAGAUAUAGUGUAUAAUCUCAAGUAAGGUGUUGGGUUGCACCAAAUGAGAGAGAGAGCUAACACCCCAAGUGUUUGGUGCUGAUGUUUGGAUAGACAUCACCAGGUAAGACCUACACAAUUAGAAUCACUGAAGGUGUUCUUGAGCACCCUGAUUUAUGCCCAACACCAAUACUGAAUACCCAACACUCUACUUGAAAAUGCCCAUGUUUACUAAAAUUAUAAUUUGUCGCUGUAGUUUCCAAUGGCAAAAUUGUAAAUAUAUAUUUUGAAGGAAAAGAAAUCCUACAUCAAUCAAGACAUGAAUAUGGAUAGCGAAAACUUCCUGUUGUACUCAUUUUUUGGUGCUAAUUGGUUGAAUAUACAGUUUAAGUCUGCAUACCAGUAGGUCAACCUGCCUUAAGAUAUAUAAUCGCCAUAGUUCAAACAAAGUUUGAGAACAGAUUGUCUGAUAAGUUGAAUCUGCGAUUCUGUGGUCCCCAGAAGCUUUAUGAUAAGCAGCCUGAGCUGUAUGCAAAGGGAAAGUCAAAUAAUUAUUUAAUGAAAGAGGAUAUUAUUAUGAUAGCUAGUAAAUAUAAUUUUUGAUACGAAAUUGUGAUCAUGAGGUACUUGCAAAGAAUAUUGAUUUCUUAAUCAAUACUGUAAUAAUCAUAAUGUGUAUAUUCAAAUUACAUUUGAAUAAAUUACUUAGAAGUUUAAAUUUGAGUAAGGUGAUGUCAAAAGAACUUCUAUGAUUUUUUAUCUAUAAAUUAAAUACAAGAGAUUAAAUUACCAUAAUAUUUCAUCCAGUAGUUUCUAUUUGUAUGUUUUCUUGAUUUGAAAUAUGAGCAACUGUGACAAUAUGACUGUGGACAAUAUAGAAAACACUUCACUUGAGUUCUUAUCAGAGGAAAUAAAAAUCAAGCACACGUCUCCUGUAGAAAGUACUUUUAAUAUUCCUUUACAAAACAUAAAAGUAUGUGUGUUUAUUUACAUGUACAUUGAUUUCAUAGAUAAUUUUUAGCUCAUCCAGCCAAAUUUGAAUUGCUCAGUGAACUUCAAUCAGCUGUCAAAGGUAAGGAUAGGCAGGACUGCACACCAACCCUUUUUUCUACUGGUUCAACCUGUUCAUGUCGGACCAGUACAUUUUCCAUGUUUUACUGGUCUGAACCUAAAUUUUACUGGUCCCCCAAAUAGAGAAAAACAUAAAAGACUCAAGUUUAUUUUGCCGUUUUCUGGUGCUUAUUGUUAUCCCCCCCCCCCCUUACAAAAAACAAAAAAACUUGGGCAAAGUACACACACGACAUAAUUCAGGAGAACAAUUUCUCAACUUUGGAGUCUUUUUGAUAAAUUACAAAGAGGUAAGAAAUAUCAUUUGUAUCAGUUUGAAAUAUUUGUGUACUGGUCAUGUCGGACCAGUAUAUUUAUUUCUUAAAAAAUUACUGGCCCAACAGCAAUUUUUACCGUUCUGGGACCAUCGGACCAGUACCAAUGUUGCGUGCUGGGAUAGGCCUUGAGUAUACAUGUACAAUCCCUUUUAUUAUUGAAGGAAUGAACACAGUUCUUUUUAUAGGGUAAGUCCACUACAACCAAAAUUUGAUUUUGAAUUAAAAAUGAGAAUAAUCAAACAAGGUUUGAACUUAAAGUUGCAUCAAAAUCGGAUGUUAAAAAAGAUAAGUAGUAGGGCCUAAUACCCACAUCCUUGUCGAUAUAUAAAGCCUCUCACUAUUUCUUUUUGUAAUUUCUCUCACUAUUUCUUUGCCCAAGUUCCACAUGCAAUUGCAGUUGUAACUUGAUUUAAUAAAGUUUCCUUAUUGGCAAUUCGUAAAUUAAUAGUACCGUGCCCCUAAAGUAGUGAGUUAUUGACGUUAUCAACUCAUUUACCAAUCAUUUAUGAUAAUAUUCCACUUUUAUAUUGCGCUUUAUACAUCGGAUUGGUGUCUCUUAACAAAAACAUAUAUCUUGUAACCACGGUCAUCGAAAUGGAAUGCCCUUAAAGGAUUUUUGCACUUUCUCGACAUAUGAGAGAGCAGUACAACAAGAUUUCCCAUACUCAAUUGCUAGGCAUACUACAUAAGCUUCCGCAUCCUACUGGGUACCCAUUAUAUAUGUAACGCCUGGAUGGAGAUUGGCAAAGUGAAAAUUGACACCUUGCCAAAGGACUUGAGGUGAGAGUCUGAACGGCUACACCACAAGGCUACCAUUGUAUCAUUGUAUUGUGAAAAAUAACCAAAAAUUAAAAAUGCCAUAAAUUUCCUUUUUUUUUGUUUUACUUCUAAUUUGUAUGAAAUUUUCAGUGUUAUCCUUGUUUCAUUUUCGCUUGUCAUUA